CGGGGCAAGACAAAUAAAAGUAUGUGCCCAAAAAAAAAGGGGCAGGAUAACUUAAAAAUCUGCGUAUGAUUGUACACCUUUCUUUGCUUUUUUUCCAGUUUUUUCACAUCCUUCUCUCAUAUGUCUACUUUAUCAUCGCCCAACAAUAACAAAUAUAAAGUAAAUAGGCCGUCAAGUGCGCUAAGCUCAGCUACAGUUUCUUCGCCAUCUAUUGAUUCUUCCGAUAUGCUUUCUGUUUCAAGCAGGCAACGACAAAGUAAAAAGGAUGAGGCUAUUCGAAAAAAAAUUGAACAGGAAUUGAUGAAAAAAAGAGGAAGCUCUACUCGUAUUCGACAGCCGAACAAAAAGAUUGCAGGAACAGUAUCAGCUUUACGCCCGGCUCAAGCAUUGACAGUGAGAGAGAACAUAUUAGUGAUUGCAGCCGCUCAACUUAUGGCUGCAAAAAGAAGCGAUUGUGUUCUUGUCGUAGAUGAUGAAGAACAUUUGAGUGGUAUCUUUACGGCAAAAGAUCUCGCUUAUCGAGUAGUAGCAGAUAAUUUGGAUGCAAGGUCAAUCACAGUCGCAGACAUCAUGACCAAAAACCCAAUAUGUGUAACAGCUGAUACAUCUGCUCAAGAUGCUCUAAACUUAAUGGUGUCUCGUGGUUUCCGUCAUUUGCCUGUAUGCAAUGAAGAAGGAGAUAUUUUCGGUUUAUUAGAUAUUACAAAAUGUAUAUAUGAGGCUUUACAUAAAAUGGAAAAAGCUUACGGUUCCUCCCGUAAAUUAUAUGAUGCUUUAGAAGGUGUAGAACGCGAAUGGGCCAAUAGUCCUGUUCAAUUAGUACAAUAUAUGGAGGCACUACGGGAUAAAAUGUCUUGCCCUGAUCUGACAACAGUACUAGAACAUACGGAGCCUGUUCAAGUAGCAGUGAAGACGAAUGUACGUGAAGUAGCCAAGUUAAUGAAAGAAUUUCACACGACAGCAGUUUUAGUUAUGGAUCAUGGAGGGUUAGCUGGUAUUUUCACGUCAAAGGAUAUAGUUUUACGUGUGAUUGCUGCUGGUUUGGCCCCAGAAACAUGCUCAGUUGUCCGGGUAAUGACUCCUCAUCCUGAUACAGCAUUACCAUCGACGAGUAUAUUGGAUGCUUUAAAGAAAAUGCAUGGUAAAGGAAACGAUGGGCAUUAUUUAAAUUUACCGGUGCUGGAUGAUCAAAAAAACAUAGUGGGACUAAUCGACGUCCUCCGAUUAACGUAUGCUACUUUGGAACAGAUAAAUAGCAUUGAAGGUAAUCAAGGUGAUGGAGGCGGUAAAUUUUGGAAUAGUAUUGCGGCAGCAGGAGAUCAUACAGAAACCGACUCGGUUAUAUCAGAUUCUCUAUCACAAGCGGCUAAUUCUCAUAUGUUCCAGCCUUCAACUUCAUCUUCUCCACAAUUAGAACAUCAGCAGCAUCAGCAUGGGCAAGCACAUAUUAAUACGGCGUCACCGAACCGUAUGGCAGCGUCACCUUUACCUGGCAACACAACGUCUGCCUUUACAAGUCUGGGCCAGUAUCCUGAAAUUCUUCCAAGUGACUCUGCUUCCGCUGUUCAUACGAACAAAGAAGAUACUCACUCCACUGUCUCAUCCAAUACGGAUAACAGCACUUUUUCUUUCAAAUUCACUUACGGUGAUAAGACAUAUCGUUUCCGUCAUGAUAUUCAUCAUUUUCAAGGCUUGUUAGACGUGAUACAGCAAAAAAUUAUGGUAGAGCAUCUAUCCAUUUCUCAAUCUUACGUAGCUGUUACCCGUGGAGACGGUAACCUACAACAACAGUAUACGAAGCAGCAAGAUGAGGACUGGUUAACUGUGUCGUAUUUGGACGAUGAAGACGACCAAGUAUUGAUGAUAUGCGAUUCAGAUUUAAUUGAUGCUGUAAAAAUAGCGAAGAAGUCAGGUAUGGAUCGUGUUCGUCUAUUUGUGCAUGAUUCAUUGGCCGAAGCAGUGGCAGAGCAACAACGCAAAAAGGAAAAGCAGCAACAACAACAGCGACAAUUUGAAGACUUGAUGGAUUCCAGUCAAGCUUUGAAAAAUAUUCCGCCGAGUCAACCUACGACACAAGGUCAUGAUAUAUGUCUAGAAUCUUCCGAGGAAGUUGUAACAUCAUCAAUACCAAACAUAAAUGGCUGUAGUGGUUUGAACAAAAUCACAGAGGCAACGGACCUAGAAGAAGUAAAAGAAGAGGAAACGGUAUUGCCGAAAAAGAAAAAAGUGAAAACUGUAGCGAUAAAAGCGAAAGAUUCCGUAACAGACUACAAUUUGCCCAUACCACAAGAUAUGGUGUUACCUGCUGCAAUUACGUUCUUGGGAGUUGUUAUUUUGGGGGUGUUUACAAUCUCAAAAUUGUCAGGAUCUUCAAAUGCACGUUAUUAAAUUGUUAUUGGAUAUUCUACCUCUUAAUAAAGAUUUUUCUUUAUUGUAAGC